UUGCACAAGAAUACCAUAUCCUGCAGGCCCCCUUCCCUGCUCAUAGAGCUUCACUCUCUGCCUCUCUCUCUCUCUCUCUCUCUCUCUGAAUGAUGGAAGGUGAUGCAGCCAUGGUGAGGAUUCAAAGAAAAUCAUCAAUAGAAAGUGAGCCAAGGACUCUGACCAUGGAUCAAAUCCAAUUUGCUAGAGAGGCAGCUCUGUAUGUGGUGAAUACGAGGAGCAUAGAAGAAGCAUUGAGUAUAUUUACAGAGGGUUUGGAGCCCGUGGGAGGACGAAAUGGAGACAGAAUGAAGGAUAUUAGCAGAGAAAUGCAGUCUGUGGAAGAAUUAGAGCAGCUGCAGCUGACUGAGAUAAGAGAUAUAGCAUCUGCUCCUUUUUAAUUGAUUUUAAUUCUCUUUUUCAUAUGACAAUGUAAAUAUGAAUAUCCAAGUUUUGCCUUUCCC